AAUGGGUUUAAAUGUCUUAUUUCAAUAGACAGCAAGCCAUUCAUUGUAACACCAGACUUUCUUCAGCCAUCAAGGAGGACAGUUAGCUAGGGUGCACAGAAAAAUCGUAAAAGCCACAUGCACUGAGGUAGACCAGCUAGAUCAAAUUACGCUGAUUGAAGAGAAGAGCGCACUGCCAGCGACAGUCAAAAGCGCCACACCAACACCCAUGCUAACGUCAGAUAGCCACUGAACGUUAGCUGGUAGACUUUAAAGCCUCAGUGAUUCACGCGUUCUACUGUAGACUUGAGACCGAAAGUGAAGAACCUUGACUUUGGUGUUACACCAAGCACUGGUGAAUCGGUCAAGAGUUCAGUGGAACAGCAACUGUCUGGACAGAUGCUGCUGCACGUUGGAGGUAUGCGUUCGGCCCUGGGGCUACUGGCUGUCAGGAGGGCAUGCUGCCUGUCCCGCUCCACCCACAACUCCCCUCAGACACUGGAAUACAAGCCCAUCAAAAAGGUCAUGGUGGCCAAUAGAGGUGAGAUUGCCAUCCGUGUGUUCCGGGCGUGCACUGAGCUGGGGAUCCGGACAGUGGCUGUCUACUCUGAACAAGACACCGGCCAGAUGCACAGGCAGAAGGCAGAUGAGGCUUACCUCAUAGGGAAGGGCCUGCCGCCCGUGGCUGCCUACCUGGACAUCCCUGACAUCAUCAAAGUUGCUAAGGAAAAUGAUGUGGAUGCAAUCCACCCUGGGUAUGGCUUCCUGUCUGAGCGAUCAGACUUUGCUCAGGCAUGUGUCGAUGCUGGGGUACGCUUCAUUGGCCCUUCCCCUGACGUGGUGCGCAAGAUGGGAGACAAGGUGGAGGCUCGAUCCAUCGCUAUCCGUGCAGGAGUCCCAGUUGUACCAGGGACAGACGGUCCCAUCACUUGCCUAUCGGAGGCCCAGGAGUUCUCCAACACCUAUGGCUUUCCCAUUAUCUUCAAGGCUGCCUACGGUGGUGGGGGCAGGGGGAUGAGGGUGGUCAAAGAGUACGAGGAGCUGGAGGAGAACUAUCAGCGUGCGUACUCUGAGGCCCUGGCGGCGUUUGGAAACGGUGCUCUGUUCGUGGAGAAGUUCAUUGAAAAACCCAGACACAUUGAAGUGCAGAUCCUGGGUGAUAAGUAUGGUAAUGUUAUCCACCUGUAUGAGAGGGACUGCUCUAUCCAGAGGAGGCACCAGAAGGUGGUAGAGAUCGCCCCAGCUGUACAACUGGACCCACACCUCCGGGACAGACUCACCGCUGACUCUGUCAACCUGGCCAGACAGGUGGGCUAUGAGAAUGCUGGCACGGUGGAGUUCCUGGUGGAUAAGCAUGGAAGGCACUACUUCAUCGAGGUCAACUCCCGCCUGCAGGUGGAGCACACCGUUACCGAGCAGGUCACAGAUGUGGACCUGGUUCAUGCUCAGCUGCGUGUGUGUGAGGGGCGUAGCUUGCCAGAGCUGGGCCUAAAGCAGGAUAAGAUCCGGAUCAAUGGCUUUGCCAUCCAAUGCCGUGUGACCACAGAGGACCCUGCCCGCGGCUUCCAGCCUGACACUGGACGGCUUGAGGUAUUCCGAAGUGGCGAGGGCAUGGGCAUCCGUCUGGACAGUGCGUCUGCGUUCCAGGGAGCUGUCAUCUCUCCCCACUACGACUCCCUUUUGGUUAAAGUCAUUGCCAGCGGGAAGGACCUGCCUGCUGCCGCCGCCAAGAUGAACAGGGCGCUGGCGGAGUUCCGUGUCCGCGGGGUCAAGACCAACAUCCCCUUCCUCCAGAACGUUCUGAGUAAUGAUCAGUUCCUGUACGGCACCGUUGACACCCAGUUCAUAGAUGAGAACCAGGAACUCUUCAACCUCAAGCCGGUCCAGAACCGAGCCCAGAAGCUGCUGCACUACCUGGGUCAUGUGAUGGUAAACGGACCCACCACUCCCAUACCAGUGAAGGCCAAGCCCUCAUCUAUCGAUCCUGUGAUCCCACCCGUUCCUCUGGGUGAGCCUCCGGUUGGGUUCCGUGACGUCCUCUUGAGGGAGGGUCCAGAGGGCUUUGCUAAGGCAGUGCGUGCCCACAAGGGUCUGCUGCUCAUGGACACCACCUUCAGAGAUGCCCACCAGUCUCUCCUGGCCACCCGUGUCCGCACCCACGACCUCAAACAGAUCGCCCCCUUUGUAGCCCACAACUUUAACAACCUCUUCAGCGUGGAGAACUGGGGAGGUGCCACCUUUGAUGUGGCAAUGCGUUUCCUGUGUGAGUGUCCAUGGAAACGGCUGCAGGAGCUGAGGGCUCUGCUGCCCAACGUGCCCUUCCAGAUGCUGCUCAGAGGAGCCAACGCUGUGGGCUACACCAAUUACCCCGACAACGCCGUGUUCAAGUUCUGUGAGGUGGCCAAGGAGAACGGCAUGGACAUCUUCCGUGUGUUUGACUCUCUGAACUACCUUCCCAACCUGAUGCUUGGCAUGGAGGCUGCUGGGGCUGCCGGGGGCGUGGUGGAGGCCUCCAUCUCCUACACAGGAGAUGUGUCUGACCCCAUGAGGCAGAAGUACUCUCUGGAGUACUACCUGAAGCUGGCUGAUGAGCUGGUCAGAGCUGGAACACACAUACUGAACGUCAAGGACAUGGCCGGGCUGCUGAAGCCUGAGUCCAGCCGCAUGUUGAUUGGUGCUCUGAGGGACCGUUUCCCUGACAUGCCCAUCCACGUUCACACCCACGACACGGCAGGCGCCGGCGUGGCUGCCAUGCUGGCGUGUGCCGAGGCCGGGGCCGACAUCGUAGACGUCGCUGUGGACUCCAUGGCUGGGAUGACAUCACAGCCCAGCAUGGGAGCUAUUGUCGCCUGCACCAAGGGAACCAAUCUCAGCACAGGGAUAUCCCUGGAGAAUGUUUAUGACUACAGUGAGUACUGGGAGGUUGCUCGCGGGCUCUAUGCACCCUUUGACUGUACAGCCACUAUGAAGUCUGGCAAUGCUGAUGUGUAUGAGAACGAGAUCCCUGGAGGCCAGUACACCAACCUGCACUUCCAGGCUCACAGCAUGGGCCUGGGGCACAAGUUCAAGGAGGUGAAGAAGUCCUACACAGAGGCCAACAAGCUGCUGGGUGACCUCAUCAAGGUGACCCCCUCCUCGAAGAUCGUGGGUGACCUGGCCCAGUUCAUGGUGCAGAACUCUCUGACAAGGGCAGAGGUGGAGGAGAGGGCUGAUGAGCUCUCCUUCCCCCUCUCAGUGGUGGAGUUCCUGCAGGGUCACAUUGGCAUCCCACACGGAGGCUUCCCUGAGCCCUUCAGGUCCAAGGUGCUGAAGAAUAUGCCACGUGUAGAGGGCCGCCCGGGUGCCUCUCUGCCCGCCAUGGACUUCCAGGCACUAGAGAAACAGCUGAGAGAGACGCACGGAGAUGACAUCACUCCUGAGGAUGUGAUGUCAGCAGCCAUGUACCCCAAGGUGUUCCAGGAGUUCAAGGAGUUCACCAAUCAGUUUGGCCCCGUAGACUGCCUCAACACACGCCUGUUCCUCGAUGGACCCAAGAUCGCUGAGGAGUUCGAGGUGGAGUUGGAGCGAGGGAAGACCCUCCACAUCAAAGCCCUGGCCCUGGGAGAUCUCAACAAGGCUGGCCAGAGGGAGGUGUUCUUUGAGCUGAAUGGAGCGCUCAGAUCUGUCCUGGUCAAGGAUACAGUGGCCAUGAAGGAGAUGCACUUCCACCCCAAGGCGCUGAAGGAUGUGCGUGGCCAGGUUGGGGCUCCCAUGCCGGGUAAGGUUGUGGAAGUGAAGGUGAAGCAGGGCCAGACGGUGGAGAAGGGCCAGCCUCUGUGUGUGCUCAGCGCCAUGAAGAUGGAAACAGUGGUCAACUCUCCCCUCUCUGGCACCGUGGUCAAGAUCUACGUCAACGCCGACAGCAGCCUGGAGGGAGACGACCUCAUCCUGGAGGUCGCCGAGUAGGAUAGGAACCAUUCAUUUGAGCACAACCUUAACCCCUUCAGUGGCACACGCUAAAGUAAAAUUCCAACUGUUGAAAAGAGGCAGGCAGGAGAGAGAUCUAUCUAUUUUUGAAAUUCUGGAAAAAAAAAUAUAGUAUGAUUGUAAUAAAUGAAUGAACUAAUGUUUGUUUAUUGGAGCGCUUCCUGUGGUGAUUGCACUUGUGAUAUGUACGGUAAUCCACUGUCACUUUAGAAACUGAAAAGCACAAUCAUUAACCAUUAAUCAUGACUUGGAAGGGAAUUAAACCUAGGAGUUUUCAUAUUAAUAUGUUAAUCAAUAUACGUCAUUCUCUAACGCUUUCCUGUAGAGUUAUAUUGCUGAGGCUAUGCCAAUAUGAAGAUGAAUGAUGCAAUAAAUAAGUGUAAAGCAAUUGAUAAGCCGUUGACAUUCUGGUAUUUAGUGUAAUAUAAACUCUUAAUCUUGGCUAAUCAUGAUUUAAAUUGUACGGUACCCUUUAGGCCAUCCCUGUACGAGCAUCGCCUCCAUGAGUGUCAUCGACUGAUAUGUUUAAAUAGAAAAAUGAAAGUUAACAUCAAUAAACCCAGUAAUAAUAUAGGUGUUCAAGCAUAAAAAGUGUUUCCAUCCUAAUUGUCCUCUCACUCACUCUUCCCUCCAUCUCACUAUAUUGACUGGGUAAAGAUGUUCUAAGCAUCUGCUCUCAUCACUGAUUACUGCAUUACUUUCACUCAUUUCCCCCAACCCAUGCUUUUACUGUAGAUUUCCUUUGCAUCUGAAAGUGGAUAGCCUAUGAAUUUUUGAAGCACAAGUGACUCAGUUGACCAAAACUCUUCUUUUAGACACAGAACCUAAAAUAACAAUUUUUUUGACCAACUGCCUUGCUUUGUACAUGAACGCAAAUAUACUUGAUAUUCUGAUACACGCUUGAUAUUAUGGUACUCAUUGGGACUGACUGGACUCUAGUGAGAUUUACAGGCUGUAGGGGGUAGUUUAAUGUUCUCAAUCUGUGGUAAUAGAUUACCAAGGGGCCUUAGUUUGUAGAAUACAUAUGUUUACUGUGCAACUUUCUUGCCCCAAGCGUUUUGUUUUGCUUAUUAGUCCCCCCCCCCAAUUGUAAACUUUGCUUGUUAGACCCCAUAGGAACUUGACCCGAAUAACCGAUGACAAAAUAAUUGGUCUAUGUUUUCAGUGUAGAGAUUAAAAGUUGUUGAAUGUUACUGCUGUAUGUGGUGUGUCCUUGCAUUACAUGAGGCUACUGUCUGAGUGUUAAUUGUUUUGUCAACUGUCAUGGUAACCACUUUGUGUGACUGUUUACAUCUGGGGUGUUGAUAAUCAUGAGCACACUAGGCAUUGUCAUGUAAUGCAGUAUUUGCAGUGCAAAGGGAAAUGUUAUUGAUUUGGGGUGUUUUUUUACAUGAAAAAUCAUAGCCUUGUCAUGAUUAAGUAACGUCUAUAAAAUGACAAAUCAUCUCUUGAGAAUUGUUUAACACAACCUGUUGUAUCAAGCCAUAGUAAUCAGAUGUUUCUUACUCUUAUAACUCCUGUAUGUGAAACAUAGGACCUAAGCCCAGUAAUGCAACAAUUAAAGAAUGUAACAAUUGAGCCUGUUAUCUUACGAGCAGACAUUGAUACUGUGCGUAAAAUAUAAUUUUUGCGUGCAGUACGCACAGUUAUCUAAGGCAAGUAGGAGACUUCUACAUAGGAAAAACAAAUGUUAAUGAGCUUUAUACGUAGAUGUCUUGUAAGCGUUAACAUUACUACCGAUAUGUUGAAUAGCAAUGUCAUUUGUAUUCUAGAAUCUUGCUGGGGAUCUGUGGCAUUUAUUAUGUCAUCCUUUUCAUGUCUGUCUGUUUUGAUGAUCAGUUUUAAAAUAUGCAAAUACUAAUUCUGUGUAACCUCAUGUUCUUUUCAGUGUGACAGAACUUUGAAAGAAAUUAAAAGAGCAUUACAGAGUU